ACCACCCACCCCCACCAUGUCUGACGAGGAAGUUGAACACGUUGAGGAACAGUACGAGGAGGAAGAAGAGGCUCAGGAGGAAGAAGAAGUCCAAGAAGAGGAGAAGCCAAGACCCAAACUCACUGCUCCUAAGAUCCCGGAAGGGGAGAAAGUCGACUUUGAUGACAUCCAGAAGAAGCGCCAGAACAAAGACCUCAUGGAGCUCCAAGCUCUCAUUGACAGCCACUUCGAAGCCCGGAAGAAGGAGGAAGAGGAGCUGGUUGCCCUCAAGGAGAGAAUUGAGAAGCGCCGUGCAGAGAGAGCUGAACAGCAGCGGAUCCGUGCCGAGAAGGAGAGGGAGCGCCAGAACAGACUAGCGGAGGAGAAGGCCCGGAGGGAGGAGGAGGAUGCCAAGAGGCGAGCUGAGGAUGACCUGAAGAAGAAGAAGGCCCUGUCCUCCAUGGGCGCCAACUACAGCAGCUACCUGGCCAAGGCUGACCAGAAGAGGGGCAAGAAGCAGACCGCCCGGGAGAUGAAGAAGAAGAUCCUGGCCGAGAGGCGCAAACCACUCAACAUUGACCACCUCAAUGAGGACAAGCUGAGGGACAAGGCCAAGGAGCUCUGGGACACCCUGUACAAGCUGGAGACUGAAAAGUUUGAGUUUGGGGAGAAGCUGAAGCGUCAGAAAUAUGAUAUCACCAAUCUCAGGAGCCGCAUCGACCAGGCCCAGAAGCACAGCAAGAAGGCUGGUGCCACUGCCAAGGGCAAGGUUGGGGGGCGCUGGAAGUGAAGAAGUGGAGCCCAAGUGGGGCCGUGAGGCAGAGACCCU